GUAUUGUGUGCAGUGAUGACUGGACAUCAUAUUGCUUGAGUUCAGUGUCUCAGAGUUGUGAACUGUAGUAGUUACAAGUAUUUAUAUGUGAUCGGUGACUUUACUUUUAAGGUCGAAAUUCGCAUGUCUUGUGUUUGUUUACAUGUCAUCAACGUGGGUGCUGGUGCAGGGUAUCCGGCUAUUUCGAGAAGUUUCUGCCUUAUUUAUACCAUUAGAAACAUGGUUAACAUUCCCAAGACACGUAAUACUUUCUGCUGGAAGUGCAAGAAGCACCAGGCACACAAAGUGACUCAAUACAAGAAGUCCAAGGAGCGCACAUAUGCCCAGGGCCGCAGGCGCUACGACAGGAAGCAGUCUGGAUAUGGUGGCCAGUCAAAGCCUAUCUUCAGGAAGAAGGCAAAGACUACAAAGAAGAUUGUUUUGAAGAUGGAAUGCAACAAGUGCAGAAUCAAGACCCAGAUUCCCCUGAAGAGAUGCAAACAUUUUGAGUUGGGUGGUGACAAGAAGAGGAAGGGAAUGAUGAUCCAGUUCUAAUCUGUCACUUUCAAGUAAAAAAAAAAAUGUU